AUGGGGGCUGCGGGAACGGCGCCCAGGGGCGGGCACUUCGCCCUGAUUGGCUUCUCGCCUCCGGUACGCUCGAGUCGGCCAAUGAGAAGGGGGGGCUGGCUGGGGGCGGGGGAAAGAGGGUCUGUAAGCCCCGCCUCCCUGGGCGAGGCCCCGCCCACAGGACCGCCCACCCGCGUGGGUACCCAGGCCCCCGCCAAGAAGCCGCGGAGCCGCAGCAUCCUCCAGUCCCUCUUCUGCUGCCUGUGCCGCGAUGAGGGGGAGCCCUGCGCCGGCACCACCAGCGCCCCGCUGCUGGUGGAGGAGAACGGGGCCCUGCCCAAGGCCGCCGUCAAACACCUCCUGCCCGAGAUCAAGCCGCAGGACGCCAGCAAGCUGUGCGUGGUCAUCGACCUGGACGAGACGUUGGUGCACAGCUCCUUCAAGCCGGUGAACAACGCCGACUUCAUCAUUCCCGUGGAAAUCGAUGGCAUCAUGCACCAGGUGUAUGUGCUCAAGCGGCCGCACGUGGACGAGUUCCUGCAGCGCAUGGGUGAGCUCUUCGAGUGCGUGCUCUUCACCGCCAGCCUGGCCAAGUACGCGGACCCUGUGGCCGACCUGCUGGAUAAAUGGGGGGCUUUCCGGGCACGGCUUUUCCGGGAAUCCUGCGUCUUCCAUCGCGGCAACUACGUGAAGGACCUGAGCCGCCUGGGCCGCGACCUGCGCCGCAUCAUCAUCGUGGACAACUCGCCCGCAUCCUACAUCUUCCACCCUGAUAACGCUGUGCCGGUGGCCUCCUGGUUCGAUAACAUGGCGGACACGGAGCUGCUGGACCUGCUGCCCUUCUUCGAGAGGCUCAGCAAGGUGGAGGACGUGUACGCAGUGCUCAAGAAGCAGCGGACUAACAGCUAGUGGCCCCCCCCACCCCGCCGGGUGCUGCCAAGGGGCACCGCCGUGGCAGCCGGGUGCCUUAUUUUAGGCGGGGGGGUGUGUCCCAGUGUGCACCCCCCCCAUCGUCCUCCCCAGCCCCGGUGGGCGCGGGUGCCCUCCCUGCCUGCUGGUGGUGGGAGAUGCGGGUGCCCCCGAUGGGGAGCUGGGUGUCCCCCUUCCCACGGAGGAGAGGGGAGCCGUGGGUGACCCGCUGCCUUGCUGUGCUGGGGACCUGUUGGGGGGGGUCCCGUCCUCCCCCGCUGUCCCACCCCCCCUCAACCCACGUUCCCCCCCUCCCCGAAACGGUUCUCAGGUCCUUUUCCCCUCUGUGUGUC